AUGAUGAAUUUUGUGUUUUCAGAAAUUGAAAUCAAAAUUGAAAUUGUAUGUAUCGACAAUAUUGAUUUAAUACUUCAAUAAUUGAUCUUAGGUUUAAUUACUGGCUAUAUAAAAUUUAUUGUUAAGUCACUAUUGGAAUUAGAAUAAAGAUUAUAUUUUAUUUUUGAACUAACUGAAAAUUAUUUUCCUUUGUAAGGUGUGUUGAUUUCAAAACACCUUAAUAUUAUUUCCUCAGAAUAGAAAUACAGAAAUAUGAGAUUGAGUUUGGUGUAAUAAAAUGUUAUUGAAUUUUAGACUUGAGAGUUUUCUAGGGUGGAAUUAUGAUAACUUCAAUUAAAAGCCUUUGUAACAAUAUUGA